GAAAAGCAUUCGUUGCUCCUCAUAAAGGCUACCGCCAGUUCUUUUCCCUUUCAUUGCUUUCUCCUCUCUCCCAGUAUUUGACGUGGUUUUUGCUUUCAUUUGGGAGCUCUAGGAAGCAAUGUACUGAACUGGGUUUCAUUCACAUUCUCUCAAAACUAGCUGGUUCAGGUUCCCUCCUAAUUUUCUAGUUCAGAAUGGCGUUUGCAAUAUUAGCCCAAUGUUUAAACCUUCUAUUAUGUGCCUUGCUACUGCUCAAAACAGAAGGCUUUAAUGUAGGAAUUACUUAUGUCCAGAAUGCUGUAGCAAAAGGAGCUGUUUGUUUGGAUGGAAGUCCGCCAGCUUACCACUGGGAUAAGGGAUUUGGUGCCGGAAUGAACAAUUGGUUGGUUCACUUUGAGGGAGGUGGAUGGUGCAACAAUGUCACCACUUGCCUUUCUCGUAAGAGCACUCGUCUAGGUUCAUCUAAGGAAAUGGUCAAGGAAGUUGCUUUCUCUGGCUUGCUGAGUAAAUUUCAAAAGUUUAAUCCUGACUUCUACAACUGGCACAGAAUCAAGGUUAGGUACUGUGAUGGGGCAUCUUUUACUGGUGAUGUGGAAGCAGUCGAUCCGGCAACUAACCUUCACUUCAGAGGAGCAAGGGUUUGGCUUGCCAUUAUUGAGGAUCUGUUGUCAAAAGGAAUGAGAAGUGCUGAAAAUGCUAUUCUCUCCGGUUGUUCGGCUGGUGGAUUGACUUCUAUUUUGCAUUGUGAUAAGUUCAGAGCUCUUGUACCUAUGGGUGCUAAAGUUAAAUGCCUGUCGGAUGCUGGUUACGUUAUCAACGCGAAGGAUGUUUCUGGAGCACAACACAUUGAAGCAUUUUAUAGUGAAGUGGUUGCAACACAUGGUUCAGCGAAGAAUUUACCUUCUUCAUGCACCUCAAAAAUGAAACCUGGGUUGUGUUUCUUUCCCCAAAACGUGGUACAGCUAAUCCGAACACCAAUAUUUCUUGUAAAUGCAGCCUAUGAUUCAUGGCAGAUAAAAAACAUUUUGGCGCCUGGUGUUGCUGACCCCCAUGGCACCUGGCAUAGCUGCAAACUUGAUAUAACGAAAUGCUCACCCACUCAAUUAACUACCAUGCAAGAUUUCAGGAUGCAAUUUUUAAGUGCGGUGAGUGGACUGGGCGCCUCUUCAUCUAGAGGAUUAUUCAUAGACUCUUGCUAUGCUCACUGCCAAACCGAAACGCAGGAGACAUGGUUAAGGGAUGAUUCUCCAAUGCUGGGUAGAACAACAAUUGCAAAGGCAGUUGGAGACUGGUAUUAUGACCGAAGUCCAUUCCAAAAGAUAGAUUGCCCUUAUCCUUGCAAUCCCACUUGCCACAACCGUAUUUUCGAUCCUAAUGAACACUCAGUAUUAUAGAUGGAUUAGGCCAAGUUAAAUCAUUUGUAUGAAUGGUAACUAUCACUAUCAGUAGAAGAUAAAAAGAAAAAGGGGAAAUUAGUGAUUGAUCAAGUCUUCUGAAUAAGCAAAGGGCACCACUUCACUAAACCUAUGUGCUGGGUGUCUUCCAUGGUUAUUGUAUUCAGUUAUUAUUCCCAAUAAAAACAAUGUACCCAUAGUUGAUUAUGCUAUGAACAUCUUUCUAUUAAA